UUCCACGGUAAAGGGUCGGCUGCAGCAUCCGGCAGGAAAUGUCACAGUGAAAUUCGAUCGAACGUUUCGAACUGUCGUUGCGAUGGGUACGAGAUCGCAAUGGUUGCUGCUAACUUACCUGGGAUUUUGCGCGGCAUGGAUGGACGAGAGGCCCGUGUUGGAGUCCAGAGACGGAAACCUGUUCAUUUCCGCCGCGAGGGACAGGAACAUCACCCUUAAAAUUCUGGGCAACGGUUACGUGAACGUCAACGAAAUUAAUUUGCUGCACGUCGCGUCCGCGGCGCAAAACGCGACGCAUUUGAUCGAGAGAUGGCGAACGGGAUAUCUGGCGGAGGUGGAAUCGAAUCUGCAACGACUGACGCAGAUUGUGGAAGGGCCAGAAGGGUUGCAACGAAGAAUGGGCGUUUUGAAGGGACGCGGGGACACCAACGCCACGUUUCACACUGGGAACGGUCAAGCGAGUUCCGACACGCAGAUCAAUUUCAAAUUUCGUAUGCUCACCAAUCGAGUGAGACGGCUGCAAAACAAAGUGGCAUCGAUCGAGACGAAAUUGAAGGAGAACAAUUGUAUAAGCAACCCUUGUCAGAACGGUGGCACGUGUCAAGACCUUUACGAGGGCUACCAAUGCCACUGUCCGUCCAAUUGGGAGGGUCCGAACUGCGUGAUCGACGUGAACGAGUGCGUGCAUUUGCUGGGUACGGACCUUGGAUGCCAAAACGGUGCUACGUGUCUCAAUCUUCCAGGAUCAUACAAAUGCAACUGCGCCUCGGGAUGGCACGGUCUUCACUGCACGACCAAAACAUCCGUUUGCAACACACAGAAUUCCGACGAGCUGUGCGGCCACGGUGUCUGCGUGACCAAAACUGGGUCUCCUUUGGGCUACACGUGUAUCUGCGACCAAGGUUGGCAGUCGGACGGUACCGAUCCAUCCUGCGUUAAGGACGUGAACGAAUGCGUGGGAAACCAUCGACCUUGUUCCGUGAAUCCUUGGGUCGACUGUCGUAACGUUCCUGGCUCCUUCUUCUGCGACUCGUGUCCCCGCGGUUACACGGGAAACGGUUACUAUUGCAGCGACAUCGACGAGUGUCUCGAAAAUAACGGCGGUUGCAGCACGGCCCCCUCGGUGCAAUGCAUCAACACGAUGGGUUCGAGGAUGUGCGGAUCGUGUCCAACGGGAUACCGCGGGGACGGUGUAACCUGCAUUUACGUCGGUGGUUGCGCGAUCAACAACGGCGGCUGUCACCCGUACGCGAAGUGCGUCGAGAAUCCAGCACUUACAAGCGACUACGUGCUGUGCCGUUGUCCAGCCGGUUACUCGGGCGAUGGAAUCGGUCCAAAUGGUUGUCAGCCGAUAACUGACGUGUCCGCUGGUUCAGCCUGCGCCAGUAAUCCCUGCGUCCAUGGCAGGUGUGUCCCUGGAUCCGUCGAGCAACCCUACGUUUGCGUGUGCGCAUCCGGCUACACUGGACUCACGUGCAACGAUACGAUAAAUCCAUGCUUGCCGAAUCCAUGCCAGAACAAUGGCGCCUGCACGGUGGUUAAUGGCGCCGUGACUUGCAACUGUCCAGCGUCAGCUACGGGAAGCAGAUGCGAGACACUGCGACAAACUUGUGGCGGUGUGUCGCGAAAUUCCAUGGGCAACCUGCAGUUCCCUGUCGCCGGGAACAUAGUUUAUCAACACGGUCUGAGCUGCGCGUGGGUGGUGAUCACCAAUAGCUCGCUCGUAUUGAACCUCACGUUUACCCGGUUCAAUCUCGAAGACUCGACCGACUGCAAGUUCGACUUCCUGCAGAUACACGAUGGGAGAAACGCUGGUAGCCAAAUAAUUGGCAGAUUCUGUGGAAACAAGUUGCCCAACGGGAACGGAACCAUCAUAUCCACCCACAAUACUCUGUACUUAUGGUUCCAUUCGGACAGCAGCGUAUCUCACGACGGAUUCGCGUUACAUUGGAACAGCAUCCAACCUGUCUGCGGAGGUACGCUGACGGACGAUUACGGCACGAUAAGUUCACCAGGCUCGCCGGGAAGGUACCCACCCAACAGAGAUUGUUUUUGGAGGAUCAACGUUAAUCCGACGAAGAGAAUACAAUUCCACUUUGGCCAGAUAAUGCUGGAGGAGCAUCCGACGUGCCAGAGCGACUAUCUGGAGAUCUUCGGCGAACUAGAGGAGCGAUUAGGUCUCUACUGCAACCAUACGCGUCCACCGCCUCUCAUCGCGCCCGGCUCGGAAGCUACGAUUUAUUUUCAUUCCGACAGCGCUGGCCAAGAUUCCGGUUUCCAAAUUCACUACUCCACCGUCGAAGGAAUACCGGGUUGCAGCGGAGUAUACACCGCUCCUACUGGCACGAUCAGCCUGCCCACGCACAUGUCCACGUAUCGUGAGAACAUGGAGUGCGACUGGAGGAUACAAAUGCCACACGGUGAACGAAUACAGAUCACUUGGUCCAAGUUCGAACUCGAGGAUUCGACUUUGUGCGAAUUCGACUACGUCAAGAUAUUCGAUGGCCCGACCAGCGACUCCCCGUUGCUCGGACGAUUCUGCGGCACGACGAUACCUCCCACGAUCAGAUCGACUUCGAACGUGUUGCUGGUGAUUUUUAAGUCCGAUUGGAUGCUAGGAAUGGGUGGUUUCACAUUCGCCUACAACAUUAUCUGCGGCGGGGUGUUCACCGAGAGCUCCGGGAGUUUCCACUCGCCGAUGUACCCGAACUCGUACCACCAUUCCAGAAUCUGUACGUACGAGAUCCAGCAACCGGCCGGGAUGAGGAUCGCCCUGAGCGUCACGGACCUGGACAUCGAGGGCUUCAAUCCGCCGGAAUGUUUCUACGAUUCUCUGGAGAUCUUCGACGGCGACAACGAGAACAACACUAACCUCGCGACUCUUUGCGGCAGCGAGGAGACACCCGAAGAUCCCUAUUAUUCCACCCACAACUUUAUGUUCUUGAAAUUCAGCACAGACGGCAGCGUCUCCGGACGCGGCUUCAUGGCGAAUUACACUACGAUCCCAACUAGAUGCGGAGGAUUGCUCAAAGCUCCGGUUGGGACGAUUCAGACGCCAGCCGACGAUGAAAAGUAUUCGAACUAUGAUUCGUGCAUCUGGACGAUACAAGCACCGCAGGGAUACGUAGUGCAAAUCACGUGGUUAACGUUCGACUUGGAAUACCACAUUCAAUGCAUGAACGACUAUGUGAAAAUAUAUGAAUAUCACACGAUAUCCGACGCGGAUCUGCUAGGCACCUUCUGUGGCACCAAGAAACCACCGAUAAUGACGUCGCAAGGCAACAGCAUGACCGUCCAGUUCGAAUCCGAUGCAUCCGUAACCCGUCAGGGAUUCGUUGCUUCGUAUUUCUUCAUCGACGCUUCGAAAGUCUGCGGCGGUCACUUCCUUAGGUUAAACGGGAUGAUCAAGUCGCCGAAUUAUCCCGAAUCGUAUCCGAACAAACGGGAAUGCACGUGGGUGAUCGAAGCCCCGAACAAACGGAAAGUGAUCCUGAACGUUAAGGAUUUCGAACUGGAGUCUCACAGUCAGUGCGCGUUAGACUAUUUGGAGAUCAGAAACGGUGGCUACGAUACGUCGCCGUUGAUAGGGAGAUUCUGCGGCACCGACAUCCCUUCGCAAAUCAUCAGUCAAACCAAUCAAAUGUUUAUGAAGUUCGAGUCCGACAUAUCGAAAGUGUACAAGGGAUUCAGUAUCGAAUGGGACAGCACCACGUCAGGCUGCGGCGGAACUAUGCUAGCCGCCAUCGGCGACAUCAUAUCACCGAAUUACCCGCAACAGUACACGUCGAACUCGGAUUGCACUUGGAAGAUCCACGUGGCGUUGGGCAGUUCUGUACGAUUGAUAAUAGUGGACCUCGAUCUCGAGUUUUACGGCAAUUGUAGAUUCGACUUCAUAGAAAUAUCCGAGGGAGAGCAGCGAAAGAACAAGCAGAAAUUCUGUGGCCAUCCGUACCCCAAGGUCAUUUCCACCUACUCCAAUGUAAUGACCAUUCGGUUCCGCAGUGACUUCUCGAUGUCCGAGCGCGGUUUCCAUCUGAAGUACGAAACACUUUGUCAGCAGACGCUUACCGGUUACUACGGUGUGAUCGAGUCGCCAAAUUUCCCGAACAAGUACGAGCGCAACUUGAACUGCAGUUGGAAGAUAGACGCGCCUCGCGGCAACCGCCUAAACUUGACCUUCUCGCAUUUCGAUCUCGAGAACACAAGCGACUGCCGAUACGAUUACUUGGAGGUGAAGGAGGGGGAGUACGACGUCCCGAAAACCGAAAUCGCCAAACUGUGCAACUCGGGCAGCCUUCCGGCAAGGAUUCACUCCACGGAGCAUCAGGUGUUCAUCAAGUUCGUCACCGAUGCUCAGUGGGAGGGCAACGGUUUCCGGUUGGAAUGGACGGUGGAUGGCUGCGGAGGACACCUGACCAGACCUUCCGGGCAGAUCACGUCGCCAGGGUAUCCGUCAGGCUACCCGAUAGACGUCGAUUGCAGAUGGCUGAUCGAAGCUGAUUACAUGCACAGCGUGGAGUUGACUAUUCACGACAUCAAUACCGAGAAGUUGAGGGGUUGCUUCUUCGACAAGCUUGCAAUCUACAACGGCGAGGACGCGACUGGCCUGAAAUUGGUCGAGAUCUGUUACUCGGAGAACCCCGUGGUGUUCACCAGCACCGGGAACAAGAUGUUCUUGGAAUUCCAUUCCGACGUGUCUUAUGCUGCCCGCGGUUUCAAUCUCACCUACAGGAGUGUCCCGAUCGUUUGUGGCGGUCUCUUCACCGCCGAUUCGGGGAUCAUACACUCGACCAACUACCCGCAGAAUUAUCCCAACAAUCAGCUCUGCGAAUGGUUGAUACGGGUGGACAAUAGUUACGUCGUGAACGUCACCUUCCACGAAUUCGAUAUCGAGAAAACCGCCAAUUGUACGGACGAUUAUGUAAAGAUAUACGAUGGCCCGACGCAGGACUCGCCGUUAAUGGCGACCCUCUGUCGAAACAUUAUACCGUCUCCCUUCGUUUCUACCGCGAACGAAAUGCUGAUCGUAAUGAAGACAGAUGGAUUAUUAGCAGCGAAAGGGUUCAAGGCGGAGUACGCCAGAGCAUGUGGCGCUCGAUUGAUCGUGAAGGAUCAAGGAUUCCUGACUCCAGCCAGAAGUUUCACCGGCAAUUACGAAAUAGUGGACAACUGGAACUGCACGUGGACGUUGAUCGCCGAGGAUCCAGAGGAUCACGUCACUGUGUCUUUCACGCAUCUGGAAAUCACCAUGAAUGAAGUGGAUGCCAAUGACUGCUCGUUGUCCUAUAUAGAGGUACACGAAGGCACUGGCAUGGAUGGUCCCUCUCGAGGAAAAUGGUGUAAUAGCGUUGUACCGUUGCCGAUAACGAGCACCGGGAAUGCACUCACGGUGCAUUUAUACGUAACGGGCUACGAUCACCACGGACACUUCGCCCUCACGUACUCGGUUCUAAAUUCAGCGUGCGGGGGGACCUAUGCAUCGUAUCACGGAGUGAUCGCUUCGCCAGGAUAUCCGAACUCUUACCCGUUGAACGCCGAGUGCGUUUGGAUCCUGGACAACUCGCCCGGGAACCAGUUGACCCUGACGUUCAACGAAUUCGAGCUCCAGCAAGGCGAGAACUGCGAUCUGGAUUACCUGGAGAUACGCGAGGACAGCGGGAUAGGGAAGUUGGUGAACGUGUUGUGCGGGACCGACGCGAAAACUGUCAGAUCCUCGACCAAGCUGUGGAUCAAGUUCAAGAGCGACGGCGAAACGGUGGCGAAGGGCUUCGUGGCCGAGUAUACUUUCCAGGGCGGAGGCGAACUUUCUGGACCCACUGGACGUAUCACGUCCCCCCUCUACCCGAUACCCUACAAACGAACCGACACCACAACCUGGCGAAUCACGGUCGAGUUCCAAUGGGCGAUUCGCAUCGAGAUCAGCGAUCUGUUCAUAGAAAACUCUGGCCCCGAUUGCUUCAAUUAUCUGAGGAUCUACGACGGUUAUAACAACGAAGCGCCAGUUUUACUGGAGGCCUGCAAGUUCAACAAAGGCGAACCCGUCACGACCAUCGGCAACGUGGCUUUCAUCGAACUGACCACCGACGUACUUCGAUUGGGCAGCUGGUUCGAUCUCACGUGGUUGCAAGUGCCGAAGACUGAAAAUAUCCUGAACACCGAAGUCAAACUGUCGAAUUGCACCAAAGAAGUAGCCCUCACGAGUCACUCUACCCCGACCUACCGGUUUACCUCGCCCGGCUGGCCCGAGGGUUACGGCGUCAAUCUCGAAUGCACCUGGGUGUUCACCUCUGUGCCAGGAACCCACUUGGUUCUGAUAAUUCUCGCCAUGGAUUUAGAGGAGUCCACCGAAUGCGUGGCAGACGCCCUCUCGGUCUACGAUGGCAAUGCUUUAACGUCUACGGAGAACGCUGUCCUGCAACAACGAUUAUGUUUAGCGAAUGCCACGUCAGUGGAGGUGAAGACUGGCAACGUGAUGACGGUGAAAUUCGAAUCGGACGUAUACAUAAACAAGACUGGCUUCAGCGCUUACGUUUACUGGGAUUGCGGUGGAAAACUGGAGGGCCCGAACGGAGUGAUCGAAGUCGUGAACAAUACUUUUGCCAGAGGAGUGUACACUUGGCGCUUGUUGUGCGAAUGGGACGUCGUAGUGAGGACCGGGCGUACGAUAGAAGUGGUCGUUGAGAACAUGACGACGGUGGAUAAUACGAAGUGCAUCAGCUAUUACAUGUUGAAGAACGGCGACAAAAUGUCGUCCUCUUUGCUGGGCAAGGGAAAAUAUUGCGCCAAUGACACGCUUCCAACCUUAAUGACCUCCGGUAAUCGUCUUUACGUGGCGCUUACUGGCCAGUCAAGCAUAAACUUCAAGCUGAGAUACAGAGAAGUGGGCUUAACAUGCGGCGGCGACUACGUGGCGAACAAUGAGUUGGAAAUUAGCACGCCUAACUAUCCGAACAUUCCGCCGCCGUUCACCGAGUGCAAGUGGACCUUAUUGACGCCGACCAAAGAAUUGAUAUCCCUCAACUUCAUAGACAGAUUCGAUCUGCUUCAAACUCCAAAUUGUGUCACCGAGUACGUGGAAGUAAAAGACGGUGGGACAGAGUAUUCGAAGCUGCUGGGAAGAUUUUGCGGCGACGCCUCGCCCAGCACCAUACAGAGCACCGGAAAUAUGUUAUACAUUCACUAUUUCUCGGAUAUUCCCGAACCGAAGAAUGGCUUCAAAAUCAAGGUCACAAUCGGAAACGUUUGCGGCGGAAUGAUACGAGGUACCAAGGGCGUCAUCAAUUCUCCAAAUUACCCGUUCUAUUAUCCGACAAAUCAAACGUGCGUCUGGCGGAUUAUCGCUCCGAUAGAUCACAGUUUGAAACUCGAAUUUCGCGAUAUACAUUUACCUGGCUACUUCACUUGCAAGCGUUUGGAUCACGUGACGAUCAGCGAGCCCAAUAUAUCAAAUGGGACAGAGACCGAAAUCGGAACUUAUUGCGGAAGCAAAAAGCCCGACAUCAUUGAGACAUCAUCGAACGAGGCUAUUAUCAAGCUCGUGUCCGUCGAAUAUAGGAACGAUUAUAGGAUACCCGGAGGUUUCAGUAUCAACUUCACGUCUAGCAUAGACAUUUGCGGUGGCGAAUUGACUGCGAUGUCCGGCAUAAUCAAAUCGAACGGAUAUCCCAACGUAGCAACGAGUUCCAGAUACUGCGAUUGGAGGAUCCGAUUACCAAGGGGUUUCCAAGUAGUGGUCAACAUAUUGGACAUGGACGUUGGUGUGGGCAAUAUGCCUAUACAUAUGAGCCUUUCGUUCUACAACGAUUUCCGAUUCAGAUCGAGGAUAAAAAUGCUUUCGCAAAACGAUACUAUAAGGGAAAUAAGAAGCUCCAGCAACACGAUGAUGAUUGGUUACUCGCUGCACCCCGGGUAUCGUGGAUUUAAAUUGCGUUACACAGCCGCGGCGCCAGCUCCUUGCGGGGGAGACGUGAAGGAUGUUAACGGCACUUUGCUACCUCCGUCGGUUCGACCUUUCAACGAGUCAUCGUAUUAUUGCGUAUGGAACAUAGAAGCACCCAAGAGCAUGGUGGCCUAUGGGAACGACUUUGGACUGACACUGGCGAUAAGAGUAACUGGUUUCAUGGGCGGUGUGCCGAGUUUCAUUCACCAACGAAUAUGCUACAGUUAUCAAUACAUUUUGCUGACAGACCACGCUAUGGUUUGCGGAAAUUACACGGAACCGACGUACCUAACGAGCCCGAGGCACCUUAACGAGCUAAUCGUCGUGAACAGCACUUACGGCAAACCGAUGAAGUACGAUAUUCAAUAUCGCUGGCAGCCCUGUGGAGGUAUUCUGAAGGAACCGCUCAAUCUGAUAAUAACACCGAAGAAUGUAUCGUAUCCAGUAAACUGUGCCUGGUACGUCAUGUCGCCGGACAGUGGACAAACGAUGCAACUCAGCUUCAAAAAGAUGAACAUGUCCUCCAUUUGUACGCAGAAUUACAUCAGCGUCAAAAACGGUGGUCCCUCGUCGCCGGAAAUGGGCCAUUACUGCGGUAACGUGAUUCCGAACAGCAUAAUCAGUACAACGAACAAACUAUACAUAGAAUACUUCUCUACCGGCGAACCGAACGAGUUCGAAAUAGAGGUUGGAUACACGGACAACGUGUGCGGCGGCAGUCGUAGCGCCAACAACAGACAGAUCUCCUCGCCAGGGUUCCCCAAGUCGUACAAAAAUAACGAGGAGUGCACCUGGGAAAUUACUGCGGAUAACGGAUACCACGUUGGAUUGGUUUUCAUUGAUCGUUUCAGUUUGGAAAGUAGCGCGGAUUGUAAGAACGAUUACGUGCAGAUAUUCGACUGGAGAAACGGAACCAAUGGCAUUGAUUGGCAGAGCAUCGGAAAGGUUUGCGGCAGAACCACGCCUCCGGCAUUUAAUGCGACUAGCAAUCGAAUGAAGGUUACGUUCCACACUAACGAGCGUAUCCAAGGCGAUGGUUUCCGUGCCCAAUGGUACGAGAAUUGCGGCGGGAUUUUCGAGGUCACCAAUACCGCGAAGAUCAUCGAGUCGCCGGGUUAUCCGAAUCUGUAUCGGCCCAAUUCGUUCUGCAACUAUACUCUGGUCGCCCCGGGAAAGGACAUUAUCGUGGAGUUCAUGGAGUUCCAGCUCGAACGCGGUCGCAGAGAUUGUCAAUUCGACAAUCUGACGAUUGUAAAGGACGCGCAGUACGAGCAAGAGGAGAAAACCUACUGCAGCGACAACAAACCACCAAUAUUCGAUUCGUACGAAAAAACUGAGAUCAUCUUCAGAUCGGAUAAAUACAUUCAACGUACCGGCUUCGCGUUCAAAUACAUCCUCAAAGGCUGCGGCGGAAACAUGACGAAACCUGGCAAAAUCAAACCUCUGAUGAACGGUGGCGAAUACUUCUCGAAUCUGAACUGCGUUUGGAGGAUCGAGGCGCCCCCGGAUAAAAGCGUCGUUCUACGUUUCGAGAGUUUCGUGUUAGAAUUGGUUCACAGUUGCCUCUUCGACAACAUCGAGAUUUACGACGGGGGUGAGAUCGACGAGGACAAGAGAUUGGGCAAAUUGUGUGGAAACCUGACGGAAAACCUGCCCGUUUUCAAAUCCACGAACAACACCAUGGUCGUCCAGUUUUACGCCGACCGGAGUCGCCAUUACGGCGGCUUUACCGCGGAGGUCCUGUUCGCGAAGAGCGUCGCGGCAGGUUGCGGCGGCAGCAUCAACCUGACCACGACGAGCACCUAUCAAUUCAGAACCCAGAAAGGUUCUACUUACGAGAGCUUGGAGGAUUGCCACUGGGACGUAACUACACACCCGAGUAACAAUAUCAGAUUCACUAUCAACAGCAUGGACCUCAAGAACAAUACCUACAUUAACAAGACCAAAGAUUACAACGGCGAUUACUUAGAGGUUCGCGAUGGUUCCGGCCCCUUUUCUGAACUUAUUGGCAAAUACUACGGUACUCUGUCGUCGCCAAUCGUCGUUACGUCCAGCGCGAACUCGCUUUGGAUACGGUUCUUUAGCGAUGGCACGCUGGAAGGAACCGGUGUCACCGGAACGCUCGAAACCACCGAAGCGAUUUGCCACUACGCUCACGUGGUAAGGAACGACACGAAAUACGAGCUCACUUCGCCGAAUUACCCUAACAAUUACGAACCGAGUGUACGGUGUCGUUGGCAGUUAGAAAACAACCUGGUGGGCAACGAGAAAAUAAUGAUACAUUUUAAAGAUCUGGACCUACCCAGCUCGGCUAAGUGCGAGGACAGUUAUCUUGAAAUUUCCGAUAGAUACAAUAUGAGGUACACCGGUGAGGGCUUUGGAUCGAGUUUGAUUUGGUCUGGCGGCGACGACAAUAGCAUGUACAUGGGCUCUCACUCGCCCACGACCUCGUACAGGUACUGUGGCCACUCGGUGCCCGGCGAUUACUACAGUUACAGUUCCAUUGUCGACGUAACGUUCAAAGGAGACAGCGCCGGUGCUCACAAGGGCUUCAAACUCGAAUACAGCAGCGCGGACUGCAAUCGGAAUUACACAACACCACAGGGACGAAUCCUUCAGGACGGAGUAAAGGAUUGCUGGGUCACGAUCAUAGCACCGGUCAAUUACACCAUUUCUCUAUACUUCCACAGAUUCACACUUUACGAUCCGGACAUGUGCACGCAAUCCUCGGUUAAAGUGUACGACGGUGGUUUCAACGAUAAACUUUUAGCCAUGCUGUGCGGAACGGAAAUACCGAGUCCUAUUUUCAGUACCGGCAACAAGUUGAGUUUACAUUCUUGGUCUGCAUGGUAUAGUAACUUCCAUUUUUACGACAUUUCUUUCACCACCACGGACAAAGGUCGUGGUUGCGGUGGUCGACUGUACAACUACGCGGGGUCAUUCACGUCGCCCAUGUAUCCGAACGAGUAUCGAAACAACACGAUCUGCGAGUGGUUCAUAGAGGUGCCACAUGACAUGAGGGUGAACUUGGAGUUCACCGUGUUCGACAUUGGUACCAGCACCAAUUGCGAGAACAAGUCCAACAUUCUAAAGAUUUACGAAGUCGAGCAAAACGGAGACAAAACGCUGGCCAACACUUUCUGCGGAGGGGAUAAUCUAGAGUCGUUCCAGACCAAUACCGAUCGAGUAAUGGUGCAGUACAUAUCAACGGUGAAUAACGUUGGAAGCGGUUGGGUCAUCAAUUUUGAAGCGAAAUCUUUUUGAAAAUAAUUCGAAGUACAACCCCCGGCGACAACGAAAGACGAAAGGCUCGCAGCGCCAAGAUCUGACAACGAUUGAUCGUCGCAAAAUCUUAUUUGUAAAUAAAAAAAACACAUCGAGACGCUCCGUUUACGUUCAC